AUGGGGGGAAAUGAAAUAACUGUUGUAAUGGAAUUGAAGCUGGAAGAAGAUGAAGACGAGUUCCGAAGCUGUUGUGCAGAUGAGGAGGAACUCGAUGUGGAAGAAAUUACGAAACAAGGUUUAAAUUUUUGCACCGAUGAUGAAUUUCUUGAUGAAUUUUCUGUACGAUUGUUCUUCAAGGGCGUAUCGAUUUCAAAUCAUGGAAACAAUGGCUUCAAUGUCUCUGGAAUCGGGGUUGUAAUGGAAGGAGCUAACAAGGUUCCUGUUAUUCAAGUGCAAAAAAAGCUUGAUUUCUUUGUAGAUGAAUCAGUUGCUGAUUAUUUGGCUUUAAUGGAAGGUCUAUUAGAAGCUACACAAAAUAACAUCAAAAGAGUAUUCGCAUUCACCGAUUCCACAAUCUUAUUUCAUCAGAUUACAACCGAAAAAACAUUGGAAAACCCACUUCACAUGGCAUUGAAGCAAAGAGUUCUAGAACAUGUCACAAAUCUUGAUCAUUUUGUUCUAAAAUAUAUUCCCAAGGUUUUAGAGGCGUUACAUCUUGCUAAAGUGGCAAUUGGAAUGAUUCAUCUUCCAAUUAAAGGCGAUAAUUCAGUCCAGAAAUGUUCAAUUUGUUUAGAAGAAAAACCAACACCAAUAACAAUCACAAUGAAAUGCUCCCACAAAUUUUGUUCAAGUUGCAUCAAAUCUCACGUUGAAGAAAAACUCGAGUCCUCUCAAGUCCCGGUUAAAUGCCCUUGUGUAAAUUGCCGAUAUUACAUUUCUACCCCUGAGUUCAAAUCUUUUCUUCCGGUUGUCUCUAAUGCAUUGUUGGAGGACACAAUGAAUUCGAUUGGUGGAGAUAAAUUUUAUUGCCCUUUUUCUGAUUGCUCGGUUUUGCUUGAUCCAUGUUGUGAUUUGAAUGAUAAUAAUAAUAAUAAUAAUUGUGUGGAGUGUCCGGUUUGCUUGAGGUUUAUAUGUGUGAAAUGUGGGGUGACGUGGCAUGCUUCAAUGAGCUGUGAUGAGUUUCAAGACCGCCCACCGGUGGCGGUGGAUGGUGGUGGCGGGGCGGAGAUUGGAAGAUGGAGGCGGUGUGAGAUGUGUGAAAGAAUGAUCGAAUUGACACGUGAUCACAUGACUUGUUGGUGUGGACAUGAGUUUUGUUAUUCAUGUGGGGCCCAAUACAUUGACAGUGAACAAACAUGCGAAUGUGCGAUAUUGGGAAGUGAUGGAGGAGGAGAAAAUGACGAAUUUACCCUUACACAGAAUAUCGGUUCGAGCACUGCGAUUGAGGAAUGGGCAUGGGAUUCAUGUGGGUCACUUUCAAAUUUGAUGGAUGCGUAUUCAGAUCAAGAAAGAUCACAACUUGCAUUGAUUCAAAGAUUUCUUGCUGGAGGAUUUAGUCUUGGAGAUCAUCAUACAUCCAUGUAUCAAUCUCAAUCUCAAUCUCCUCCACAUCAAUGCACAGAUUCUGGAUCUUCAUAUCUUGAUAACACCAUGAAAGACCUUCAUCAGCUUCCUUGGCUUGAGAGAUAA